GGGCUUCCCGCCAGGCCUGCACCUGGCCCUUUAAAUCUCCGGGGGGAAGGGGGAGAGGCUUGGAACGCCCCUAGACGCGGUCUCCGUGGAGACCAGCAACAUUCCGCUUCCCGGGAAGCCCCGUUAAAGGGGCCGCCGCCCGGGGUGCGCGGAGCGGGGCUCCAUGGAGGCGCCGGGGCGCGGAGCCGAGCAGGGAGCAGUCCCCGGGCCGCGCGGAGCAGCCAGCUCAUCUGAACACAAGAGUGCCGGAAGGAGGGAAACAGCUGGCAGUACAGAGGUGGAGUCAGAGAGCAGCUUCCAAGAAGGGGCCACAGAACAGACACCUCCAGCCUCAGGUACUGAAGAUCAUCGCAUAGUGCCAGGAGGAAUUACAACAGAAAGUUCUUCCUUGUCAUUAAAUAAAUUAAGCAGUUCUCCUCAAGAUGUGAGCUCAAGGGAAAAAUCAGAUAAUGGCAAAGAGGUAGGAUCUGAGACUGAUCUUCAGGAGAGGGCUACAGCACAAACAGCUUCAGACACAGGUCCCAAAGGGAUUCGUGGAAUAUUAGGAGGAAUUAGAAAGGAAACUUCUUUCCUCUCAUUACACAAAUUAAGCAGUGAAAGAAAAAUGUCUGGUUACGCUGAUGCCUCUGCUCAUAAGAAGCCUUUAGGAAUUUCAGUGUCAAUGCAGACAGAAACUAGCUGGCUUUAUGAACAUGUCUACAGAAAACCAAUCCAGAGAAAGAUGAAAGAAUUUGAGAAGACUAGUGCUCAUGUUGACUCUACUUCUAAAACUGAUAUGCUGGUAGCCCUGUCACAAGAACUUGCCAGCAUAGGUAUUUUGUGUGACACAGAGUUUAAUGAAGACUUUGUAAAGCUGUUUGAGGAAUCUCUGUGGACACUCCCCUGCAUUGGGCUACCAGCUCUUCUAGCAUAUAAGCCAGAAUCAUCAAGAGACAACAUGCAGAUAGAGAUAGAAGAAGAAUGUGUUCCAGUAUGCGAGUACUGUGGCAGCCCACUGAAGGUAUUCCCUUCCUAUGAAUAUAUUGACCCCACCUCAAAAGAUUACCAAAUGAACUUUUGUUGUGAGAACAGCCGAGAUCUCUACAAGUACAUUGUUAACGAAAGCCAGCUUUAUGAAAAAUCUAAGAACGAGUCAAUCUCCAUUGACCCUCAUGAAGCCCAUGGUAGUGAAACUGAAAGGCAGCGAGCACAGGAGAAAGCAUAUUUAAGGCAACAGGAGAGACAAAUGGCAAAACAGUUGGCCUAUGUGACAGCAGAGCAGACCAGUUUCAUUGAAUAUUCAAAACAACUUAAUACCAUUUCCUACCAGCUUUCCCGUGAGCCACCCUGGUCAGGAACUUAUACUCUGCCAUCUGAUGAGACAGUUGAAAAAGAAGAGGGAGAGGAUAUUAACUACAGUAUUACAUGCUGUGACUUUACCAUAGUGGGUGGAAAGUUAGCGAAGAAUCAGUUCCUGGAAAAGUAUUACAGGCAUGGAGGAAAAUUUCUUACCUUAUUUCCAGACGGGACAUCCCAAUUAUUCUAUCCAUCUGGAAAUCUGGCGGUGAUCGUUGUGAACAAGAAAGGAGGUUUGAUUUGCAUAGUACAAGAAGACAAGCCAAAUAAUGCAGCAAUCCAAGCAGUGUUUGAGUCCAGUGGUAAAAGCACUUGCUAUCAUCCCAAUGGGAAUAUAUGGAUAAACAUUAACAUUGAGGAAGGACAUUACUUAGAUCAAGCUGGCAACAGAGUGAGGGUGUGGACCUGGCCAAGCCAUUUGAAACCUUCUGGAUCUCGAAUUCCAUUUAAACCCAUUUUUAUAUCUUUGAACCAGUAUCUUGGUGUCAGGAUAUACGGACAAGACAAGAUUAUGAUUUCUUUUCUGGCCAUGGGGCAGCAAGCAAAAUUCAUCGUGGGAACAAAAGUGCAGGCAAGGCAGGGUAGUCAACUUCCAUCACCAAAAUUUCCCUGUGAAGAAGAACUACUGCUGUUUGCCUGCAAAAUAAAGAUUCAGCAUCUGUUUGACAGACUUCAGAGAUGUUUAAACUUCCCUUCUAACAAGCAAUGGGACAAAAUCAAGCCGCCUUCAUACCUUGCAACCCAGGCUUUAAAAUUAAUGUACCUGUGUAAGAAUUCUGGCAUAAGUGAGGACCUAGACAGUUCAGUAAAAACUAUAAUAAAUGCACCUGUCUGACCUGCAGAAUGUAUGCUGCACAGUGACCAUUCAUUUCACUAUUCUGAAGAAUACUGUAGAUCUAUGAAAAUUAGCCUAAAGAACUUCUAUACAGUAGGCUCAACUUUCAAGGCCAACUCUUUUACUUUCUGUUUAACUACCUAGGCAAUUGUCCCCCACACACCAGGUACAGUUCUUUCUAUCAUUACUAUCCCAUUAAUUUAAGUGAGAUAGUUUGUGGUAAUAUUCAUUGCAUCACAUCCUACAUUAAAUAUAAGGGAUCCAGUUCUUCCUUAAAAAUGUGGCUUAAACGGUGUUUUAUGUUAAUUGCAUUAAAGACUUAGAGAUGAUGACUUGGGCUCAUUUUUAAAUGCUUUUUAAAAAUUUUUUUAACAUCCUUUAUAAUUUUCUUGCUCAGAAAUGUAACAUUCCAGGCAGUACAACAUGCAUUUCAGUAGGAAUUAAAUAACUACUUGAAUAAUUUGUAUAGGCAGCCCAGUUUAUGGCUAGGAUCUUGUUUUGUCAACACAAAUACAGAUGGAAGGUAACAAACUUUCUCAGCAGGGCUCAUUGUAUUGAGUGAAUAUGUGCUGUAGUGAGUAAGAAUUAUAGUCACACUGCAAUAAAGAGCUGGGAGA